AUGGCAACUAGAAGUGGAGCUGACAAUUUAUUCAAAGAUGUUAAUACAAAUCAAUAUGGAAAUAUUGAUAAAAAUGAAUUUCGUCAUUUGUCUUCAAAUACUGAAGGAUUGAAUAAUUCAUCAUAUGACUCAACAACUAGGGAACUCUAUCGUAAUGAUUAUACUACUACUAGUAGUCAAUUUGAUGGAUAUGACUAUAAUGGUAGUUAUUACGAUGCUUCAGAACGUACGACUGAUAAAUGUACUUCAUAUGGAAGUACAGUAGCACCUCAUGAGUGGGCUAAUGCUACGGUGAUUCAUACAAAUAGUGCGGAAGAAACGAAUGAAUAUCUUAGAAAAUUAGGUGGUGACGUUUUUAUCGAUCCUAAUCCACAAAUUAUUCGACGAGUAGUAUCUGAAGAACCAGUAACACUAGAACAACGAGUUUUCGUCCAAUAUCUUCAACCAUCAUUUGUCCCAGAAUCAGGAGUAAUGAGACAACUUAUUUACAAAUUUAUUCUUAAUAAUCUUUGUAUAAUUAUAGCCACGCAUUACUAA